AUGCCGGCCGGCCGCUACGACGGGAACGUGUCCCUCGCCGGCGAGACCCUCCCCAACCUGCCCCCUCCCUUCGCCAACGUCAGCGUCCUGGAGGACAUGUUCAGGGUCAAGGGGCUCAGCCUCGAGGACAUGGUCACCCUCUCCGGCGCGCACACGGUCGGGAUCUCCCACUGCUCGUCCUUCCGUGACCGCCUCCCCCCGAACCCCUCGUCGAUGGACCCUACCUUGGCCGCAUCCCUGCAGGGGCAGUGCAGCCGCGGCGGCGACCCCACCGUGGUUCAGGACCUCGAGACUCCCGAUGACCUCGACAACCAAUACUAUGACAACGUGCAGAAACGCAACGUGCUGUUCAAGUCAGACGCCGCGCUCAUGUCAUCUGAGACGACAUCGAGAUUGGUGGACGGCCACGCCAAGGACCGGCAGGAGUGGUUGAAGCAAUUCAAGGCGGCUAUGGUGAAAAUGGGCAGCAUCGAGGUGAAGACCGAGGCCAACGGGCAGAUCAGAAAGCACUGCCGGUUUGUGAAUUAA